CUCAUCUUGAGAAUGCUCGAAUCGAUAAAGAUUCUGCUGCUCAUCUGCACUUUGGCGGCGUUUACAGCCAGGCUCACCGACGGCUCACCAUACCACGACAAGAAGGUCACCGACAAAUGUUGGAGAGAAUGUCGUGACUUUCCGAUAUUUACCGGAACUUGCAUGUAUAUUUGUACUUUAUUAGUAAGACCACAGGACUAGAUCACACGAUAUCCGAAAUUGAUGUGUUUUUUGCUAUUCUAUGCUUGCAUAAGAGUGUUGA